GAACCUGCCCCAGCCCUCAGUCCUCAGCUACUUAAGGGAGGCAGGCCGAGCCUGGCCCCCACCACUGGAAAUCCAGGAUGGGGGCCUCCACCAGAGCCCUGUCCCUUCUGCUGCUGGGACUACUGCUCGCGUUCUUCCCAGGAGCCCUGGGAACUAACCCCGGCCUGGUCGCCAGGAUCACAGACAAGGGCCUGGAGUAUGUGGCCAGGGAGGGGCUGGUGGCCUUGCAGAGUGAGCUGUACAGAAUCACACUGCCUGACUUCACCGGGGACUUCAAGAUCAAUCAUGUUGGCCGUGGGCGCUAUGAGUUCCACAGCCUGAACAUCCGUAGCUGUGAGCUGCUGGGCUCUGCUUUGACACCCAUUCCUGGCCAGGGCCUGAGUUUGUCCAUCUCCGACUCCUUCAUCUGGGCCCAGGGCAAGUGGAAGGUGCGCAAGUCAUUCCUGAAACUACAGGGCUCCUUUGACGUGCAGGUCAAGGGCGUCACCAUUUUGGUCAACCUCCUCUUGGGCAGUGAGCCUUCAGGGAGGCCCACUGUCAUGACCUCCAGCUGCAGCAGCCAUAUCCGUGACGUAGACGUGGACAUUUCAGGAGAUUUGGGAUGGCUCCUGAAUCUCUUUCACAGCCAGAUCGAGUCAAAAUUCCGAAAAAUAUUGGAGAGCGAGAUUUGUGAAAUGGUCCAGAAAUCAGUGACCUCUGACCUACAGCCUUAUCUCCAAACUCUGCCAGUCACAACAGAGAUUGACAGGUUUGCCAGCAUUGAUUACAGUUUAAUGGAGGCCCCUCAGGCAACAGCCCAGAUGCUGGACGUGAUGUUGAAGGCUGAAUUUUUUAACCAUCAUCACCGCUCCCCAGUUGCCUUCCUUGCUCCUGUCAUGAGCCUUCCUGAGGAACACAACCGAAUGGUCUACUUUGCCAUCUCUGAUUAUGUCUUCAACACAGCUAGCCUAGUAUAUCACGAGGCAGGGUACCUGAACUUCUCCAUCACAGAUGACAUGGUUCCACCCACCUCUACCAUCCGACUGACUACCAAGUCCUUCCGUGCCUUCGUUCCCCGGUUAGCCAGACAGUACCCCAACAUGAACUUGGAGCUCCAGGGAGCACUGGUCUCUGCCCCACUGCUGAACUUCAGCCCUGGGAAUCUGUCCUUGGCCCCCCAGAUGGAGAUUGAGGCCUUUGUGCUCCUGCCAAGCUCCACCAAGGAGCCUGUCUUCCGGCUUAGUGUGGCCACUAAUGUAUCUGCCAUGUUGACCUUCAACACCAGCACCAGCAAACUCACUGGGUUCCUGAAGCCAGAAGAGAUACGAGUGGAGCUGAAAGAAUCUAAAUUUGGAGUAUUCAAUGUGGAGCUGUUGGAGGCGUUGCUGAACUACUACAUUCUCAACACCCUCUACCCGGAGGUCAAUGAUAAGUUGACAAAAGGCUUCCCCCUCCCUCUGCUAAAGCAUAUUCAGCUCUACGACCCUGUUCUCCAGAUCCACAAGGACUUCCUGUUCUUGGGUGCCAACAUCCAGUACAUAAGAGUUUGAGGGCCAGGAGAAAGACAGGGCUUGGAGGCCACAGCUGGAUCGGCAAGUUGCAUUUCCAGAUGUGCAGGAUAUUCCUGGAGAUCCUGGGAGGAUGAAGACUUCUGUUGUCAGCUCUGGGGGCAAGGUCUGCCUCACCUCUGUCCCCACACUCCUCCUCUCUGGGAGGUGAACCCACACCGUCUCUGAUUCUGAACUUUACUUUCUCCACCAAAACAGACCAUUCUCCCCCCUGGCCUGUACGAUCUUUAAGGCUAGGCGCGAUCUUUUUAAUUCACCACCUGAUCCCUGUGUCUAGCAGAGUGCGGGCACAUAAUAAGUCCUCAAUAAAUAUUUAUUGAAUGGUUCAAUGAAGGAAUCACCUGGUUCUCUAGCCAAACCUCCCUACCUCCCACCAUCUUUGGCCAGCUCCAUUUGUGGUCUCCAAUAGUCCACCCUGACCAUCAUCCCCUUUAUCAUCAGCCACUGUCGUCCGAACCUCAAUGAGAGAAUAAGGAAUUCUGCUCCCCAGUCGGCCCUGGGCCUGGCACUGGUGCCCGCUCUCUAAGGAGCUUGUCCUUUUCAGUUCACGGGCUCACUUCAGUACGGGCCCCCUCCCUCACUUCUUGCCAGGGGCAGACUCCAGAGCCAGUGAGUCUCCCAAAGCAAACACUCAGCCUCCUUCUGCUCUCCUCAUUGAAAUGGGUAUAAAUUAAGGGUAAGUGGAUCCAUCUAAGUCUUUGGUCUGACCCAAAUAUAAAGCUCAGCCGACUGUCGUUUGUGAGUCCCAAGCCUAGAGGAAGAGGCCAUGACUUCUAAUUACUUCACAACCAGACCUUGAUCAGACUUACUAAAGAGUUGUUUCCAAGUUAUGUAGCUGGUCUCCAGGGAGUGGGAAUCAGAAGGCUCGUUUGAUUUUUUUUUUUUUUUAUUGUGUCAAUGAGCAGAUGGAUGGCGUUGCCAGCUAGCAGAUAAUUCCCAGGGGAUUGACCCAUUUACCCUGUGUGUAACAGAGACAUGUUCCAAGAUGGGAGGAAGUGCUGUCACCAGCUGAUGGCAGGGUGAACCAUGAUUUCCCCACCUCCUUCCUCUUUCCUUUUGCUCAUUUGUCACCAGCAUCCAUCCCUGUGAUGGACUAGAGGAGGGCUCGGACUUUGUCUCGUACUAGCCAUGUGGCCUUGGGCAGGUCCCUUUCCCCCUUGGGUUCCUCAUCUGUGAAAUAGGAUGAUAGUAAUACGAGCCACUCCCUAAGGCUGUUACAAUGAUGAGUUAAUCCAUGUAAAAGGAUUUAUUGAGCCCUAGUGGGGAUUCAACAUUCACUGGCUGGCGGUACAUACCUCUUUCCUAUUUACAAGCACUAAGCGGCUCCGCGUGGGGGAUGUAGAGGCAGCUCAGACCCAAUAGUCCCGGCUUUGAAGAGACAGGUAUGGUGGAAAGGGCCAGUCUUGGUUCCAACUUACUUGCUUUGGGCCCCUGGCAAGGCCUCACUAAGCCUCAGUGUCCUCACAUGUCAAAUGAGGCUGGGAGCCCCUCCUUGCAGGCUCCCUGGGAACUUGAUGGAUUCCUGUUAAGCUCCCGGAGGUGCCACGGGUAUAACCAGUCCUAGAGAACCGCUGGUGUGACUAUCACCUGCCUCCCUUUGGGGUCCCCAGAAGCAGACCCGUAUUUGCAUUCCUAGCCCAGGUGGCUUCAUUCCUGAGGUCUUCUCCCGCCAAGGACUCUAUCAGGGAGAGACAGGGGAAACCCUGAAGACACCUUUCCCCACCUCAACUCAGUACCCAGCAGUUUUCUACUCCCAACGCUUCCCCUUUUCCCUCUCCUCUGGCCCAGAAUCCAUAAAAUUGCCAGAGGCUUCUGUUUGGGGUUUCCUCACUAGUGAGAUGACCCCAUGUCUGCAAGUCUGUGCAGGUCCACCUGGUCUACCAGCACGCUGUUCCAUGGGGACAAUGGAACUGGGGUGAGGGGUGCGGGGGGUAGUGGGUGGUGCUUUCUCUAGUUUGAGCUUUUUGCUCGUACUAUCAGAGUGAGUGACUAAAUGCCUCACUUGCACUUUCAUUUUGGCUUCUUGUUGCUUUAAUCAACUGCUCCAACACCUGGCAGCUCAGCUGUCUUUCCAGCUCAGCCAAACUCUUGACAAUAGAUAAUGUUUUAGUGAAUAACUGUAUCCAUACAUCAUUUCUUAUUCACACAUUCAUACAUGUAUCUGUGCAGGUACAUCAGUCAAAUAAAUGUCCAGAAAUGGAAUCCAA